ACGUCACUUCCUGGGGAAAGCUUUGCCUCCUACUUUUUUGUUGGGACCUGGGAGGAAAUUAUCCCGGAGGGGUAACGGGGUGGAAUAAGAGAAGAAAUAGAAACGAGAAAAAAAGGCAAAUUGCGAAACCAUGGCAACGUACGGGGUUGCCGUUUAGUCGCCCUACAAUGCAAGCGGACGUGUUUUCGCCGUGAAUUCAUCCCAGGAGGUUCUUGUGUAGCAGUGUAACCCUCCCUCUUCUCCUAUCAUGCUGAGUUUCCUGCGCAGGACGUUGGGGCGACGCUCCAUCCGGAAACACGCAGAGAAAACCCGGUUACGGGAGGCCCAGCGAGCCACGACGCACAUCCCUGCUGCUGGAGAUGCAAAGUCUAUCAUCACCUGCCGUGUGUCCUUACUGGACGGGACAGACGUCAGUGUUGACCUGCCGAAAAAAGCCAAAGGUGAGGAGCUGUUUGAACAGAUCAUGUACCACCUGGACAUCGUAGAGAAAGACUACUUCGGACUGCGCUUCAUGGACUCGGCACAAGUGCCGCACUGGCUUGAUGUCACAAAAAGCAUCAAAAAGCAAGUGAAAAUCGGCCCACCGUACUGCCUUCACAUGAGAGUGAAGUUCUACUCUUCAGAACCGAACAACCUGCACGAGGAGCUCACCAGAUACCUAUUUGUGUUACAAUUAAAGCAAGACAUCCUCAGUGGCAAGUUAGAAUGUCCAUUUGACACAGCAGUGGAGUUGGCUGCUUUCUCACUACAGGCUGAGCUUGGUGACUGUGACCCAUUAGAACACACUCUGGAUCUGGUGUCAGAGUUUCGCUUCAUCCCCGAACAAACAGAAGACGUGGAGCUGGCCAUAUACAACACAUGGAAGGACUGCAGAGGUCAGACACCGGCUCAAGCUGAGAUUAACUACUUGAAUAAAGCCAAGUGGCUAGAAAUGUACGGGGUGGACAUGCACAUGGUCAAGGCAAGAGAUGGUAAUGAGUACAGUCUGGGUUUGACACCCACUGGAGUCCUGGUGUUUGAAGGACAAACCAAGAUCGGACUCUUCUUCUGGCCCAAGAUCACUCGUCUAGAUUUCAAGAAGAGUAAACUGACGCUCGUGGUCGUGGAGGAUGAUGAACAGGGUAAGGAGCAGGAGCACACCUUUGUCUUCAGGAUGGACCAUCCCAAGGCCUGUAAGCACCUCUGGAAGUGUGCUGUGGAGCACCACGCUUUCUUUAGGCUGCGAGGGCCGGUACAGAAGAAUUCUGCACGCUCUGGAUUCAUACGCAUGGGAUCACGCUUCAGAUACAGUGGAAAGACAGAGUAUCAGACAACCAAGGCCAAUAAAGCGAGGCGGUCUGCCUCCUUUGAGAGAAGGCCCAGUCGACGUUACUCAAGAAGAACCAUGCAGAACAGAGGCCCAUUCCAUCCACAGGAACUUCUUUCCUCAGGCAAUGGAGUCAGCUCCAGCAAGGACAGCAAGGUUACUCCCAGUAGAGGUGUCUGGUCGGGCGUACCUGUGGUCACCCCAGCAGCUGCUUCUGCCUGUGGGCCAAUGGAAAUUGAGACACUGCCCAGGAGUCCUGGAGGAGAAAAAAGGAGUGUGCCCAUGGUCGCUGACCUGAUGGAGACAUGCAUUGAUGACGUCCUCAGGGCUCCUGUCGUUCCCACGGUGACAGCUGCUGAGGAGGCCGGACCAAGCGCUGCCUACGCCGGAGCCGGCGCCACGACCGAGGAUCCGCUCAGCCUCACCGAAGCAGCAGCUCGUCUGAAGCAGCUGGAGUUGGAGAGCAGUCCACUUCUUGCUACUCCGAGAAAUAACGUCAAUGUCAACGUGGCCAUGAACAAUCAGGAUGAUGUGGUGAAGCUCACAGAGAAGGGUGGUCUGAGCAGCACAGGCAGUAGUCCAGUUGUCACUCCACUGCGCACCCCAGAGGAUCUGAAGAGUAACAUCCUAAAGGCACAAGCUGAGGCCGCUGCCCUCAAGGGGUCUCUAGAGGAACACGUCGUAAUGGUCGGAGAUAAAAACUGUAACCUGCAGGAUGCUUCUGCCAGGUUGAAGGUUCGCACCGGGCGGUUGGGCAGUAACUCGUCUCUGUCCGUCAGCAGUCGCCCUGACACCCAGGACUCCUGGGACCUGCUAAAGCCAGCUUCACUGGUCUCAUCAGCAGGGGCCAGUGCUGAGAGGUUAGCUGAAGAUUUAACUCCUUCUGCUCCCAAGAUGCCGUCUGAGUCUGCCAGCGAAGUCAUGGCACCAAAGGUUAAAGCAGAGGAGGUUGACCUGAAGAACACAGCCCCACUGUCACAAUAUGACAACCUGAUCGACUUCACUGAUCCAACUCCUGUGCUACCACCAGUGCAGCAGCCCAAGCCUCUCAUCACACCUCGCUGGAUCAUUCCAACAACUGCUCCUCCUGGCGUCUUUACUAACGGCCUGCUCGACCUUGACCCCCCUGCUAAGGUCACCCCUCUACUCCCUGCAGACGGGGGAGCAGCUCUCACCCCAGCCCUCCCCCACCUCGCUCACACACAAAAAGCCAUCUCCGCCAGCGCUGUGGGUCAGCUGCCAGCCUCGGAGGAUGGAGCCAAACCCAGAGGUCUCCUGACCACUGAGCUCUGAUGAGGAGACGAGGAGCCGCCGCCACCACUGCGACCUUCAUCUCCAUGACUGCUUUCCCGCCUCACCCCAUCACCCCUCUCACCCCCUCCGCACAAUAAAGCAUGCUGGGCCGGGUGUGCUGAACACUGUGGGCUAAGAGGAAAGCAGAAAGGAGGAGGCAGCUGACAAAUACCACAACUUCAACCUGCACCCACACUGACAAAUAGAUUGAACACAAUGAAUUAAGUACACAGAUCAUCAGUAGGAACAUGAGAGCAGUUUUUUAUGACAGCAUGACAUCAGGCUUAACUUUUAUAAACAGUUAAAACAAACAUUUAGCUCUGGUAUUAACAUCUGACUAUUGUAUUUCACCGUUAGUGACCUGCCAUUUACCUAAUCCAUCCAGUCGAUCAAACCAGCCUCUGACACACAGCACCAUCUUCUUAUAGAUGACAAGAAAGAACAGUCAAACCCAUCAUCUCAUGACACUGUAAGGUACGUUAAAGUACGUUAACAUAACAUAAAAGCAUUAACCACUGGUUUAUGACAUAAAAGGUAGGUUGUCUCUUUUUUAUUAUCACUGGCUCUGUAACCACUGGAUCCCUGCUCCUCUGAGCUUCUCUGUACACUGGAUACACAGGACUGAAAAGACAAGACUAUAAAAAGGAAAGACACAAACUUAAAAAUGUUGAUUCUAAGAGAUAAACAGCACCUGGACUCUUAACAUGAUAAAACACGUGGAUGUGAGACUGUACUGUCCUUGUAGCACACUGCAGAUCUUUUAUAAACCCAGUCACUCCGACAUGUGAAGCUUUUCUGUUGCAGCCACUGGAUCUGAAAACUUCUCUGGAUUAUCUUUGCACCACUGGACCUUGAAGGAAUUCUUUGCAGUGGAUGACGAUCGAGAUGACAGCUUCACGUUUUUCAGCUUUUGUUUUUAUUAUCCUGCUCUUACAUUUUUUGUCUGUUUUUGAUGUUUUUAUUUGCAGUAUCUUUUAAAUCUGCACACAAGAGGGACUGAACAUCACUGAUGAAAGUUAGUUCUGUGUUUCUUAUUUGGAGCCUGUUUGUCCCACUCUGCGGUAAACUCUUAAUUUGAAGUUACAGUUACAACAUUUUGUCCUAAAAUAACCACUGCUGGAAUUUUUAAAAUCCACAUUUUUUAAACUUUAAAUUGGGAAUGUAAAUGCCAAUUUUUGGAUCGUCUAACGGGAUAAUUGAAUUCAUUUUAGACGGUAAUUUGACUUUAAGUAUUAACAUGUUGUAGCUAUUACCCUGCCUUACGUAAAUGAAUGUAUUCAACAUGUCUCAUCUUAGAAUGCUGGAGAUGCCACAGUAGGUUUAUGUCACUUUUACAACUCCUCAUCUUGAAUCCACAGUCGCUGGUACAUUGUAUAACUGGAGGAAAACUUUUCUACACUGAAGCCUAAUUCUACAUUUUAAUGAAGUAUUUUACACUGACUCUUGAAUAGCAGAGCUGUAGAUGUUGUGCGUUUUUUUUUUUUUUUUUUUACAAAAUUCCCACACAUCAUAAUCACUACGUCUGGACCCUCAUUCAACCUCUGUCUGUGUAGGUUUGUUUUUUUUUUCAGUACAGUAUUGAUUUCAUUAUCUGUCUUGAACAAGGGAAGCUGACUGUUGUACAAUGUCGUCUUAGCAGUGACAGUUAUUUAUGCUACUACUCAGUGUAAUUGUUCAAAUAUUACAUGUUGUCCAAAAGUGUUGUAGGGUACAGUUACAGUGUAUUGUCAGUAUAAUUGCAUCAGCUGGCUGUAGAUAUGAAGUAGAUUUAUAUAUAUAUUUUUGAAGAUUAUGUUGGGAGUAUUGUUACUACAUACUAAGGAGAAUUUCAGCAUUGAGGUUUUUUUCUAAGUACAAAAGAAGUAGGAAUUGUGUUACUGAUCAAACUGACUGGGAGAAACACAGAUUGUGACAUCUCAAAUUCAUUUUUAUAUAAACUUUUUUUUCCUGGAAUACCUGAUCAUAAUUCAGUAAAGCUUUGCUACAGUAGGA